AUGGCGUUUUGGAAGACCUGGGAGACUUGGGAGAAGAUGGUGUUUAUUCUCGCCUGUGCUAUGGUCGUAGUCAUCGUUGCUGGUGGUUUCGUAGCCUGGUUGAACAGGCGACAAGUCAAACUAUACAACCAAGCCUUCGCCGACGAAGCCGGACGAGUUCGAAAUCUAGUAUCACCGGAGGGCAGCGGGAUUUCCGACGUCCCAUUUGGAGCCCGAGCACUUGAAAGUGGUGUCCAAGUCGACGGUAUCUAUACACCUGGACGGUACACACCUCGUCAGGGCAGUUUUCAACGGGAUGCCGCUGGAUCUCCAGUCUUGGGCAUACCGACUCCAUUGACUCCGACUGUGACUCGCGCAACUCAGUACGAACAGUACGAACAGCACGGUCCGUAUUCGCCGCAGAAAUGA